AUGCAUCUAUUUACUUACACCGCAACUACUGUCUUACUGGCUUCCGCUGCCGCGCAGUCUCUCGGAGACAUUCUAGCCAAGCAUGGCUCGACCUCAAUGCUUCAUGGCCUCCUCGUAGACCUAAAGCUCAUGGACACCUUCGAGAAGGCUCAAAACUCCACACUCCUGGCCAUGACCGACGAUGCAAUCAUCUACCUCGCAAAAUGGGGGUUGAACCUCACCUCCAUGGACCCAGACAUCGCCAGGGGAAUCUUGCAGUACCACUUCCUAGAGGGCUCUUACCUCUCAUCGGCUCCCGCGCUUCACACAGAGACCCAGCUAGCCCGGUCGUUCCUCAAGCCCUCUUCGGGCCUCACAAACAUGUCAAAGGGCGCCGUCGUCAAGUUGACAGCGACCUGCGACGGCUCACACAAUCUCCGUGUAGAGUCCGGCGAUCAGAAAAUCAUACACACAGUCGACACGGAUAUUCACCACGCAAACGGCGUCAUUCACACAAUCAAUCAGGCCUUGGUUCUCCCCCGUAGUCUCUCCGAGACAAGCAGCCUGGGAGAACUCGACGGAUUCUGGAACGUAGUCACCGAGUCCCGCAUGGAUGGUGUACUCGAGAAGCUCCGCGACGUGACCGUUUUUCUCCCACGGAAUAAGGCCGUCUGGCGAGGACGCUCGAAGCUAGAAUCGCUUGACGACAAGGCACUCGAGACGCUCAUCAAAGACCACGUUGUUCCGAAUCAUGUCUUGUUCCAUACGUGUUUCCCGCAAGAGCCGAGGAUGGUGACGACGUUGAGCGGCAAGAAGAUUUCCAUCAGCGGCGAUUCCAAGGGACGUAUUUUUGUGAACCACAAGAUGGUGACGAUGCAAAAUGUGCUUGUUAGCGGUGGAGUUGCUCAUGUUGUGGAUGAGCUGCUGUCACCAGAAACAGACCCGGGCCACGGCUCUUCUCCUGGCACCGUUGGAUCACCGUGGGGUUUACGCGAAGACAUUGCUCGAGCUGUCGUUGGGAUCACUGUCAUCUCAGGUGUCUUCAUUAUUGGUGUUAUCAAAGCCGUUAGAUGGAGAGCCGCCAAGAGGAAAGCCUUUUUGCACUACGAGCCCCUGCCAACUACGCCUAGUGUGGUUUGGGUCGUGCCCAAGUAA